AUGGAGGAUGAUUACUCAGAAGAAGAGGCUGAAGAAUACAACACGUCUGAGGUAGAUUGGGGAGAAGAAGCUGACCAGGAUUGUUGGGACGAUGGAGAUGACCACACUGAAGGUCAUUGGUGCGCAGACUCUGUUCCAGAGUAUGUCCCAAACGAUGAACAAGAAUACCCAGAGGUGGAACCAGAAUCAAUGGACCGGUAUUCAACUUGCUAUGGUCCCAAAUCCCAACUCAUCUAUGAGGAUAGUUCUGAAGGGAAAUAUUAUUCUCAAGCGUGUCCUAGAAGAGAAAAGACCACCGUGGCUGCACCAUCAAGAUCUUAUCAUGGGAGUCUAUCAAGACAUGCUCACAGCAAGCCAUGGAACUACAAUGGAGAUCAGUUUUAUCAGAAUCGCUUGGCUGCACCAUCUAUACAUUUUUCUGGUCAUAAGCAAGGACCAAGUACAUAUCUAAGGUGGGAGGACGACAUGGAGCAAUGGUGUCAAGGCAAGGGCCAUCUAGCAAAGGAGUGUCCCACAAAACGAGUUGUGAAGUCAGUACUAUCUGAAGCAAAAGAAACAAACUUGGAGGUAAGUGAUUCCGAUACUAGAAUUGAUGAUUCCUUUUCUAGAAUGGAUAAACAUAUUGAUGAUCUUAUCAACUUGAUUAAAGCUAGAUCUACUUCUGUUUCUAGUAAUUCCAUGACUGUCUUAACACACUUGUCUAGCGCCCAAAAGGUUGAAAGUAUUUCAGGUACUAACAUAGAAAUCAAGGAACAAGAAACCAACCUUGCUGCGCAAUCAAGUCCAACACUUGAUAAGGUGAUUUCUGAACAUAAAGUGAAUAAUCUUACUUAUCAAAACACUGGUAUGAUGCACUUGCACUCUGUCCAGAAUGUUGAUGAAGGUCUAGGUAAUGAGGAGACACGUACAGAAGCUAAACCACAAGAGAAUAAUGAGCAAUCUACCCUAGAGACCUCUACACCAGCUGAUCAUGCUUUAGAGGUAGUAAAUACCAAAGCUGAAUCAAUGCAAGAUAACCAGAUAUAG